AUGAUCGCCAGCAUCGAGCUUGAGGAAGCUGUAAGUUCUGUAGCCAUAAAAUCACUAAACACUUUUCCGAUUCGUUUUAGAGAAGUUGAAAAGGCUACAUGCAACGAUGUUUUACUUCGUAACGUAUAUCGGUACGUCACGGACGGUUGGCCAAGGAACGUCACAUUCGGCAAGGAUCUGGCACGCUUUUACAGCCGGAAGGACGCCUUAACAAGCGUUGGGAACUGCAUUUUGUUCGGGGAGAGGGUAGUCAUCCCCGCGGCUUUGCAGACGAGGUGCCUGAAGCAGCUCCAUCAGGGACAUCCAGGCAUACAGCGGAUGAAGGCGAUAGCGCGCAGUUUCGUCUACUGGCCAUCAUUGGACGACGACAUCACUGGCUGCGUCGCUACUUGCGAUGCUUGCCAGGCCGCAGCAAAGUCUCCACGUAUGUCUGCACCAGCGCCCUGGCCAAAACCAUCAGCUCCCUGGCAGCGAGUGCACAUCGACUACGCCGGACCAAUCGAUGGUGCAUACUUCUUGGUCGCAGUUGACGCCUUCACGAAGUGGCCCGAAAUCGUGAAAACAGCAAGUAUAACCUCACAUUCCACAAUUCUUCUUUUGAGAGGAAUAUUUGCCAGUUUCGGACCACCAGUCACACUGGUCAGCGACAACGGGACUCAGUUUACCAGUGAAGUUUUCAAGGAGUUCUGCGACGCUAACGGCAUUGAACAUAUCACGACUGCACCGUUCCAUCCCCAAUCGAACGGCCAAGCCGAGCGGUUCGUGGAUACCUUCAAGCGGGCCUUGAAGAAAAUUCGAAUCGAGAAGGCAUCGCUUGAGGAGGCUUUGGAUCUGUUCCUGCAAACGUACCGUUCCACCCCGAAUCCAAUGUUGGACCAACGCACGCCUGCCGAAGUCAUGUUCAACCGGGCGACGCGGACGGUUCAUCAUCUGCUGCGGCCCUCACCAUCACGAGAGUCUUCAGCGAAUAGCGGUUUCCCCAAAUGGCGUCCUGGAGAUUUGGUUUACGCCAAAAUAUUUCGCGGCAAUUCAUGGAGUUGGAUUGCAGGGGAGAUCAUCCGCAGCAUCGGUACCGUAAUGUACGAAGUCAUCACAACGGAGCAACGGAGGCUUCGGCGCCACGUGAAUCAGCUCCGUCGUCGUACUACAGUCUCUAGGAAACAAGGAGAGCGGGAUGAAGAUAAUCUGCCGCUACAGAUCCUGUUAGAGGAGUGGGGUUUGCCCACGGAACAAAGCUCCACUCCCUUGUCCGAGCCAUCAGCGCCUGUGCCCACAUCGCAGCCGGAUGUCUCAGCAUCAUCUCCGGCAGCCCCUGUGUUUCGGGAAGCAGCACAUCCAUCCUUGGGUGUCGAGGACGUCAACCACCAGCAGGCACGACUACCACGACGUUCUUCUAGGAGUAGAAGACUGCCUCGUAGGUUCAGCGCGUACCGGCUGAAUUAA